GGAGGAGGAGGAUUGGGGGGGUCGGUGACAAGCUCCAGAGAGGGGAGAUUUCACUGCAGGUGUCCUUGGUUUUCUCUGACAGCUCGGAGACAGGACCCGACCGUAAGUAGCCUAGGACUGUUGAGGAUGAAUCAAAGCUGAUAAAAUAAUAAAUGUUUGAUCUGCCAUGAAAUCCGAAAAGAGCAAGCGAAGGAGAGAUAUGCUCGUCUUGGAUGAGAGACCCCCGCUGGGUGAAGACACGCAGCGUAUGUUAGCUGAGCCGUGAAAGCUGGCUGCCAUUGACUGGAGCCGAGGCUGAAAUGGGAGCAAAACGAUGAAAAUCGAGCGCAGGGGAGUGUGCAUCCUCGAGCAAGUGAUCACGUCGCCGAUCAUUUAGAGGUAUUAUGCAUCAUUUACAGAUUGGUAAUCCGCGAUAUUAGCCGGUGUCUGGACAAUCGCAGUCUGUGGCGGCCGGCGGAUUGUACGGUGGCAUUUGUUGUCGCCAGACAAAUUUUUCAUUUUGCAGAUGUGCGCUGCAAGAAGAACAAGGCCUGUUCGGUGGGUGAACCUUUCAAGGAUUAAUCACCGAUCACGAUGAGCAGCGAAUCAGUAUUUAUGUUCUCCAGCAAUACAGACUGCUCCUGGAUGACAGUACUGUACUGUUUCCACAUGUUAAGGAUGAUAUGCCAUGUUAGGUGAGACGCAGUUGGGAAAAAAAAGUGGGAUGCAUGUUGAAUUUUGUACCUGAGAUCCAAUGAAUAAGGAGCACCAGUCUUAACAGCUUAUUGCCUGAAAGGCAAGCAAACCCUGAGCUGGUUUUCUCUGCUGUCAUUCUGCUCAUCAUGAUGGGACUAACCUGACUCUAUAUGUCAGCACCCAGCCAGAUGUGAGGCACACAUGCCCUCCCUGUCCCUGGUGUUGGACAAGCAAUGCAAAGCUCUCAGGCGCCCGGUAUGGGCACGAAUUUGACUGAUGUUCCCUGGGAGCCCGGUUUCACCGAUUCCACCCAGGACCAGGUCUGGUCCACCACCGCCAACUGUGUGAUGAAAAUGGUGCUUAUAUCUCUCAUCGUGUGUGUGUCCUUGUUUGGGAAUGUGGUGGUUCUGCUGGUGUUCCAGAGGAAGCCGCAGCUGCUUCACGUGGCCAACCGCUUCGUCCUCAACCUCCUCUUGGCAGACCUUCUCCAGACUAUAUUAGUCAUGCCCUUCGCCAUCGCAGCCACCGUGCCAGGUGUGUGGCCCCUGGAUGCCCGACUGUGUCAAGCCCUGGUGGUGCUCAUGCACCUCUUUGCAUUCGCCGGGGUCAACACCAUCAUAGUCGUCUCUGUGGAUCGCUAUCUGGCCAUCAUCCAUCCUCUGUCCUAUCCCACCCGCAUGACCCCUCACCUGGGCACCAACCUGAUCAUCUGCACCUGGGUGCUCAGCUUCCUGCAGAGCACGCCGCCUCUGUACGGCUGGGGGGCCAUUGACUUUGACCGCCAUCACAGUGUGUGCUCAGUGGUGUGGUCAUCCAGCCUGUCCUACUCUGCCGUGGUGUCCACCUUUUCUUUCUGGCUGCCCGUGCUCAUCAUGCUCGGAUGCUACUGGAUGGUGUUCAGAGCGGCUCGGAGGCAGAACGCUCUCGUGCACCCCAUACAGACGCAAUCCUACUCCCAGCCCUGCCCGCAGGACUUCCAGGGACCUAGCAGUCCACAGCGGCAGCCCCAAGCCCACCCGGCGAGUUCACCUGAUGGCCCCUACACAGCCAGAGGAUACCCUGUUCGAGUUAGGCACAGACGCUUCCACUACCACUGCAAGGCAGCUCGUGUAGUUUUUGUGAUCAUGGCCUCAUAUAUACUCAGCAUGGGGCCGUACAGCAUACUGAAUACUAUAUCUAUGAGCACCAGAGCAGCCAUACCCCCCUGGUUGUCCUCCCUCGCCCUUGUGCUCUUUUUCUUACAGUGCUGCCUACACCCCUACAUUUACGGUUACAUGCACCGCAGCGUGAGGAAGGAAUUCCUGGCUUUGCUCUGCGGACUUUUCUGCAAACAGGGCCGACCCAGCCAGAGCUCUGCAGUGGAGAGCUGCUUCACUACCACAGAGGGACGCUCAGGUGCCCACCCUCACCUGCCCAGCCUGGCCGCUCGAGUCCUCCCACUGCGGACUUGGGAAGAAUGCACAACAUCCUCCACGCCCACUUUUGAGAGGAAGUCGAGGGACAGCCGUAAAGACACCACCUCUACUAGCAUCAGCUCUGAGCGGGAGCUCACAGUCCACAGCAAACAAAGCACAUGAACCACCUCGAGGAUUCACCAGAUAGACCAUAUUUGCUCUUGCCUGAAGAGGUUGUCAUACUGUGUGUUCACACAUAAGCUAAUAUGCCUUCUUUACAACAGGGUCAUUCAUUCUGAAGUUGCUGGCACUUGAUCACCAACGUAACAGUUUUGUAGUAUUUGUCAUCAGCUCCAUUAAAGAGUUAACUUGAGAUGAGAUAAAACUCUUUGGAGAAAACUUGGUUCAUUCAUUGUUGCAGUAUGAAUUUUGAACAAAAUCUUAAAUAAUGACUAUUUAUUUUCACUAAGUCAAAUCUUG